GCAGGGCGCCGCGCCGGUGUGGGCUCACUGUCACACGCGCGGUGGCGUCCUCGGGCGGCCGUGCUACGAGGGGACCGGCGUGUCUCGGCGGCUGUCCCCGAGCUCUCCCGGCCCCGCGGACGGAGACGGAGCGGUGCGGCCGGCGGCGGGCGUGGGCUGCGCCUACUUUGAGGUCCCGUUUUCCUCACGCUUGAGUCCCACCGCGAGUUGACCUUGCAGUGUCUGCAAGGCUUCCCUGGCGUCAGCUGAAAGGAUGAUCUCUUUGUUAAGAGACUCUUCCUGUUACUUGAGAAAGUGUCGUUGAGAACGAGGCAGGAACAGAAGCUGUGGUGCUGAUGGACAGGUCCCAGACACUGGUGACCUUCAAAGAUGUGCUCCUGGACUUCACCAGGGAGGAGUGGAAGCUGCUGGAUGCCGCUCAGCAGAUCAUGUACAAAGACGUGAUGUUGGAGAAUUACAAGAACCUGGUUUCCUUGGGGCAUCAGCUUCCUAAGCCAGACAUGAUCCUGCGGCUAGAGAAAGGGGAAGAGCCCUGGCUGAUGGAGAAAGGGAUUUACCAUGGAACAUACCCAGAUUCAGAGACCAUAGCUGAAAUUAAAUCAUCAGUUUCCAGAAACAGCAUUUCUAAAGAUAAACAAUCCUGUGGCAUUAAAGUGGAAAGAGUAUCAAGGAAUGAUCUUCGGUAUUUGUCACUAGAAGAUGUCUGGAAAAGUGAAGACCAGUUGGGUAAAUAUCAGGAAAGCCAAGAAAGACAUAUGAGGAAAGUGGCAUUUACCAAGAAGAAAGUAUUUAUUCAAGAGAAGGCCUGUGAAAGUAGUAAAUAUGAGGAAAGAUGUCUUUUCCCUACUCAGCUAGUACUGAGAGAGUAUUUCCAUAGAUGUGGCUCACAUACUAAAAGUUUAAAACAUGAUUUACUAUUCAAUGGGCACCAGGAAAACUGUGCAGGUAACAAUAAUGAAUGUGGCCAAACCCUCUGUCAAAACAUUCAUGUUAUUCAAUUUGCACAAACUCACAUUAGAGAUAAAUCCUACAAGUGCCCUGAUAAUGACAGCACUCUUGUUCCUGGUGCAUCCCUUGGUGCCUCAAAGGGCAUACACAGAGAAAAACCCUAUGAAUGUAAGGAUUGUGGAAAAUUCUUCAGCUGGCGCUCUAAUCUUACCAGGCACCAACUUAUUCACACUGGAGAAAAGCCCUAUGCAUGCAAAGAAUGUGGAAAAUCUUUCAGUAGAAGUUCUCAUCUCAUUGGACAUCAAAAGACUCACGCUGGUGAGGAGCCAUAUGAAUGCAAAGAGUGUGGGAAGUCCUUCAGCUGGUUCUCCCAUCUCAUCACCCACCAGAGAAUUCACACAGGAGACAAACUGUACACAUGCAAUCAAUGUGGAAAAGCCUUUGUGCAUAGCUCCCGGCUUAUCCGGCAUCAGAGGACUCACACUGGAGAAAAACCUUAUGAAUGUCCUGAGUGUGGGAAGUCAUUCCGACAGAGCACACAUCUCAUUCUGCAUCAGAGAACACAUGUCAGGGUGAGACCAUAUGAAUGUAAUGAAUGUGGGAAAUCUUACAGCCAGAGGUCUCACCUUGUUGUGCACCACAGAAUUCACACUGGACUGAAGCCUUUUAAGUGUAAAGAUUGUGGAAAAUGUUUUAGUCGAAGCUCACAUCUUUUUUCACAUCAGAGAACCCACACUGGAGAGAAACCGUAUGAAUGUCAUGAUUGUGGGAAAUCCUUCAGCCAGAGUUCUGCCCUCAUUGUGCAUCAGAGAAUUCAUACUGGAGAGAAACCCUAUGGGUGUUUUCAGUGUGGGAAAGCCUUCAUUCGAAAGAAUGACCUCAUUAAGCACCAGAGAAUUCAUAUUGGAGAGGAGACCUAUAAGUGUAACCAGUGUAACAUUAUCUUCAGCCAGCACUCUCCAUUUAUUGUCCAUCAGAUAACGCAUACUGGGGAACAGUUCCUCAUAUGUAAUCAGUGUGGGACAGCCCUGGUUAGUAGCCCCUCUCUUAUUAGAUACCAGACAAAUCAUGUGAGGGAGACCACUUACUAAUGUAAGGAAUACAGAAAAUGCCUCACUAAGAGAAAUAAUUUUAUUUUAUAUUGAAGAACUUGUGGAGAGAAGAUGUGCAAAUGUGAUCUGUGUGGAAAUGCUUUCAUUCUUGUUACCACCCCAUUGCACACUAUUGAAUUGGGCUGGGGUAUGCACAAAUUUUAUCCCAGUACAUAAAUAUAUUAGAUUAUCUUUCCACAAAUUUCCCUUAAAGUAAUUGGCCUGGGUGCAUUCUUGACCAAGCCUUAUGUGCUAGAUUCUGAGAAGGAACUGUUAAGUAGGCAAGUUGUUGAGAGACAAUGUGGCUUUAUUCAAAGAGCUAAAUGAAUACUGCACUGUAGCCACAUUUGUUGCUGAGGAUAAAGCAUCAUAGUUAUUGCAGCAAGAGAUAGUAAUAGCCUAGUGAAUUAGUAUGCCAUUGUUUACUUGAUUGUGCUUGUCUUCUAAACACUUAGUAGAGUUUAGUAUGUUUUUGUGUCUUAUAUAAACCACAUUUUGGUUAGCAGCAAGGAUUGCCUCUAUAAUAUAAAACCAUUCACAGGGCUGGGGAUUUAGCUCAGUGGCUCCACACCUGCUUUGCAAGCAGAAGGUCAUGAAUUCAAUCCCCAGUACCAAAAUAAAUAAAAAAUAAAACCAUUCACACAUUUAUACUACUACUAAUACUUAUUUAAAAAUAUAUUUGCAUGUGGGCAAGAAUUGAAUAGCAAAUAGAAAGUAUAGAUAAAUGAAUCAAACUGAUUUGUUAGAUAAUGGAACUAUGAAUGAGUCUUCCAGUGUAUUUGCUAUUGCUGACUUAAGACAUUUAAGAAUGCUCAAAAAGGCUACUAGUUUCUCCUACCUUCAAAGAAGCUUAAGAACCACUUGCUAUCAAACUUUCCUAUUCUAAAUUGUUUGGGGUCAUAGAGUUCCACUUUUUAGACAUGAGGCUAAAGGCUCCUGAGAUUUUGAAAAUAGUUCUCUGUAUGUGGAGAACCAAGGAAAUGUUGGGCAUUUGGACACAUGGUGAGUUGAGGGUCCAUUUGAGACCAGGAACCCAGGCAGUAUUUGCAUCACAUGUGCUCAUGAGUUAAACACAGCACUGCCCAAGGACAAUUUCUCCUCCUUGGCAAUGUCUUUCAUCUUUAUAAAGAAAAUUUAGUGGCUCAGAGCACAGACCUGAGCCUGACUACCCAGUUGAAAUGCUGGUUUGGUCUCUUGGUAGCCAGGUGAUCAUAGGCAUCUGCUGGGCUUCUCUGUCUUGAAUUGAAGAUAAGUUCCUGUGAACAUUAGAGGUAAUGGUAGCACUUACAUUGUAUGAUCAUGGUCUGUGUCAAAUGAAUAAGUAUAAACAGCUUGACAUAUGGCAAAUUCUUUAUCAUUAUUAGCUGAUUAUUAAUAUUCUGUUUGCCCGCCUGAUGUCUGUCUUUUAACUCUAAUCUGCUUCUGUGUUUACUGAGUUCUUACCUGCUUUCUAGUGGUAUGCAUUUUCCCUUUUACCUCAGUUGGAGUGUAUCCAGGGAAAAUUGCUGGCAAAUAGGGGGCAUAUGGUUGCAUAUCUGAGGAUCAGUAAAUAAUUUUUAAUACUGUAUGCAAAAUUGUUUUAUUUGUACAAGAGUCUUCCCUUCUAGGGAGAAGACCUCAAUCUUCAGAUUCUCUGGUAAACCAGUGAUUCAAAAACAAUUUGAGAAGAGGAUCCUUUUAAAGUGUCUGUUUCAUUCUAUAAAUGAAUCUCUGGGUGUAGUAUGUAAGUUGUCAAAGUAAAAAUGGAGUAGUUUGUGUCAACCCUAACAAAAAAUAAGUAAAGCCAGGAGAUAUGAAGGAUCUCAUGCAUGAUUGCCUAAUAGUACCUGCCAUAGAAAUCUGGAAACACAGAUUAAACAAAGACACUCCAGUCUAUACAGAUGUCCUGUAGAAGGACAUCUGCUCAGCAACUGUUUAAACUUGGACUGACAUCACCUUUGUUACUAAUUGUGGCCAAGGGUUAUCAAAAUAUCUGAUGGAGUGCACCUCAUAUUUGCCUAUAAAAUUCCCCCUUGCCUCCACCUCUUUGAAUAUGCCAAUAGUUUACAAGGGCACACAUGUUCCCAUCACAGUGCUACACUAUUCACAUUGGAAUGCUGUGGGAAAUCAAAAAAUAAAACUGAUUUUGCUUCAGUUUUUACCUCCGUCUUUCAAUAUCAGGGAGUGACCAGGAUGUAUGAAUUGAUAAUAUAGAAGAUGCUUGGUGGUUGAUUGCUGAAUGAUAAAUGAAUACUAUUGAGACAAAUCUUGAUUAUCUCUAGGGAGAUCCAGGGAUGAUGUUGUUUGCAAAUAUAAUGUAGUCCUGUCAGAGACAGUUUUCAUUAUUGGCUUUUUUACUGAGCAUCAAGCCCGGGGUGUUCUACCACUUAGCUACAUCCACAGUAAUUUUUUUAAAAAAUUUGAGACAGGUUGUUGCUAAGUCAGCCAGGUAGAAUUUGAACUUGUAACUUUCCUGCCACAGCCUCCCUCAUUGGUAGGAUCACAUUGAUAUGGGCCACCAAGCCAAGCUUAGCAGUAAUCCUUUGUGAGAGUAGAAGAGUAGCCCAUUAACUGAGCCUCUCAAAAUUUAUGGUAAGUUGUAGCUCAUUUUCAUUACCUGUCCAAGAAAGGUAUAAUUAGUGUCUACUCAGAGGCUUAUUGUGUGGUUAAGUGAGAUGAUAUGUAUAAUGCACCCAAAGCAGUGCUGGUGCACAGUUGGUGCUAUAUGCAUGAGCUGUGAAUGCUCUUGUGCCCUUAAGGAACUUAUUGUGUGCAUGAGCUGUGAACUGCUGUUAGUACUGUGAGGCUUUCAUCUCCAAUGCAAAUAGAUACUUGGAUGAUCACUGAAGAAUUACUUAUACUAAUGCACAGUAUACAAAACAGAAUGUACUCUAGAAUAAUUGUUAUUUGUGGCAUAAUUAUGUAAUGGAUUAUAUACAGACAUUAAAAUUAUGUACACUGAAGCUAGGCACAGUGGUAUACACCAGUACUCCCAGUUACUUGGGAGGCUGAGGCAGGAUUAUAAGUUUGAGGCCAGCAUGUGUGAUUAAAUUACAUCCUGUCUCAAAAAUAAGGGCCAAGGAUGUACUUCAGUGUAAGUUAGUGGCAGAGUGCAAGGUCUGGGAUCAAUCCCUAGUAUUGCAAAACAUAACAAAAAAGUGAGCCACAGACUUGUAUGCUCAGCUGAGCUCAGUGUAAAGACUUUCAGGAAGAACUAAGAGAAAAGGGAGGGGAAAAGUGAGAUAAGAUAAGGAAGACAAGGAGGAAAGAAAAUGAAGUUACAAGGGAAGAGCAUCAGGAAUAUCUUCCACAUUCUCAAUAUGAGCUGCUCAUCUUGCUCCUUUAGUUGAGAUGGAUUUACCUAGGCCCAUUCCUUUGCUCUGGGUCAGCGCCUUAGCCACUGCUGUUUCUUACAGUUGCUUUUAUGCUCCCUGUAAUGUGUGAUCAGUAAAUACUGGCAAGUCUGGAGCCUCAUGGUCUUAGCUGGAUAAGAGGUGUGACAGUCCUGGACUCCCAUUUAAGCAAAUCUUUGUCUCGUGUUAUUCUUUAUCCUCACCCUACUCUCAGUCAGGUGGAGGGGGGUAGUUUGCAUGGUCCCUGAUAGUAACAGAAUCUGCAAACUGUUGACUCAAUGGAAUCCUUUUCUUUUGGGGCAACUUUAACAAGGAACCUAUCCAAUGACAUUUGCUUUUGCCUCCUUUUGAGGAUUUUGCAGAAAUGUGACAUUCCAUUGUUGUUGAACAGAUAAAUCACUCACACUGCUAUAGCCUUAUAUGGGUGAUUUUCUACAAAAUUUUGCACCGUUUUUUACCUUUUACACAUCUCCCUUAUUUCAUUUGAAAUUAAAGAUUCCUCUGCCUCUCUGCAGAUGAGAUCUCUAUAAGCUCUUGCUGUUGGUAGAUGAUCACCCAUAAUCCUGUAGUAAGAGAGAACCAUUGGCUCAGUUGUGAUCAUGUGACAUUCAGCAGACUACUACUUAUUGCAAGACAUUGCUCAUUUAUCAAGAUAAAAUUUAUUAGAAAUAUUUGCUUGUCUUGAAGAAUACUUGCAGAACAAGUUACUUGCAAUCCAAGGUUGCAAUAUAUAUUUAUACAAAUCUUAGGUGUUUAGUUUGAUGCAUUUUUGUCAUAAUAUAUAGCUGUGUAAGCACCACCCCAAACAAGAAUGUAACACUUCCAUCCCUUAGAUGCUUGGUGCCCAUAUCCACCAGUUUCUCUUUCCCACCUGGGAAACCGCUUCCUGGUUUCUUUUUUUUGUGGUUGUUACUGGGGAUCGAACUCGGGACCUUGUGCUUGCAAGGCAGGCGGCGGCACCACUGAGCUAAAUCCCUGGCCCACUUGCGGGUUUCCUUCACCACCUAGUUGUGGAUAUGUUUAUGAAUUUCAAACUACUAGAAUCAGUAUGUUCUUGUGUGCUUAGUGUGAACUGAAAUUUCUCCAAAGAGGCUGUUUUCAUUCAUAGAUUCUUGGGAUUAACCCAAGAGUCUUGUACUACUGAGCUAUAACUAAAAAUAGAGAAGAUGCUGGCAACCUAGCUUAGUGGCACAGUCACUCUAUAGGUUUGAUCCCCUGUACCACAAAAAAAUACAUAUUUUUGUGGGAAAAUGUUAUAGAUGGGAAAUGGAAGAAGAAGAGAAGAGGUAAACUCUCAACUCUUCAGAUUUAUGGGAUACUAGCAAUGUGGGGUUUUUUUCCGCUUUGUUUUGUUUGAGACAGUCUCCCUGUGUAGUCCAGGUGAGCCUUGAACUCAGUAGGUGGCUGCUAUGGUUUGUGUUUAGAUGUCCCCACAGGGCCUCAUGUGGAUGAGGUGAGACUUUCUUUUUCAGAGGUAGUUGAAUCUGGAAUGUGUGAUGCUGGGGUUAAGGGUGUGUGAUUACUAAACCAUAAUGUAUGAGUGAUUAGUUAAGCACUUCCCUAAUCCUGGUAGUCUGAAUAAGAUAAAAGGGGCAGAAGGAUGCUGUUAAGCUCCCUUGUUGCCUUUGCUACCAUGUGAGCACCAUCUUGUUUCUCCUCUGUGAUGCUGAUGCCUGUUUGUCAUUCCUGUCUUGAAGCCAGCUGAUUAUGGACUGAAACCUCUAUGUACUGUAAGCCAAAUAAACCCCACCCCCUCUAACUGUGGGUGUUGGUAUUUUGUCUCAGCAAUGAGAGAAAACUAAUUAACAUAGAAAUUUAGUACCAGGAGUGGGGUCAUUACUGUGACAUUACUUGGCCGUGUGCCUCAGAAGCCAUUGGAACUGGCUGGUGGGAAGGGGAAGAGUUAGGAAAGAUUCAGAGAUGUUGGCUACAGAAGUAGCACUGGAAUGCUUUAGGCUAUUUUGUCUGGGAGAUACUGGUCAGAGCUUAGGAGACCAGAAGGCUGGUAAAGACCAGGCUCAAGAAGUUUUUGCUGAAAAGAAAGACUGCAUUGGCUGUUGGACUCCAGAUGAUAUGUGUUAUAGCUUGGCAGGAAGUUUGUCUGCAUUUUGUUUGUGUCCAGAGACUUUGCCUGAAACUGAGAUUAGGGGCAGUGGACUAAUUAAUCUUGAAGAAGAAAUUUCAAGGCAGUUGAAUAUUGAUAUAGGGGGAAUACUGAUAUAGGGGAAAUAGAGGCAACUCCCAAACCUGCUAGAAAAUCCAAAAUGUGAGUUUGUGUUCUCUAAAAUCAAAGAAUGAAUUCUAGGAACAGUGAAGGUUAAGAGUAGGAAAAAUUGGGCCAGGAUUUAGCUCAGUGGUUCCCGCUGCCUGCCUUCGAAGUUCAAAGUCCCAAGUUCCAUCCUCAGUACCAAAAAAAAAAAAAAAAAAAAAAAAAAAAAGAGUAGGAAAAAUUUAUUGAGAGAAAGAUAGCUUCUGUCCAAGAGAGACAGAAUUGGGACCAAAAAACCUGCUUCUCAGAAGUGUUUUAUGGGACAAAGCCAUGAGGCGAGGUGCUUUCAAGGUGGAACAAAACUAUAGUCAACUAGUAAGAUUGCAAGUAGUUGCUUAGGUAAUACUGAUCCAAUGAGAAAUCACAAGGUGGGCAAAACUAUGAUCAACCAAUAAGAUUACAACAAGUAUAGUCUCUUAGGUAAUAUUGAUUAAAUGGGGAUCCAGUGGGGAAGCAAGUCACAUAGCAAGCAUACAAGGAAGUGAGCAAGGAUUUUCAGUAAGGGUUGGGUCUGGGGUCUUUCCUGGAAGAUCUUGGACCCCCACUGAGGUGAUUGAUACCUAUUUAGAAUAUCAAUCGCUAUUUAUUCUACGUGGCUGUGGUAGUUUCCUUUUACAAUGCUGGCAUUCAGUGAAUGUGUCUCGAUUGUCCUCCACGUUGGCUCUUUGACUGUCCUCCAUAUUGGCUUCUCAAGGGCCAGCCCUGUAUAACUGCCUACAAGAUAUCUAAUUAACUUACCUAUUCUAUAAUAUUAGUAUGGCUACUGUUAGGGUCUUUUAGCCAGAUCUAUGUUAAGAAUCAAGAGCAAAAAGCCCAACAGAAUAAUUUAAAAUAUUUUGAAUUUGGCCAGAAAGGAAGCUCCAGUAAAGCUGUGAACUGCAAAGAUAGAGCAGAGGAGAUCUUCAUUGCAGAGAAGGAACUGGAGAAUGCAAAAGAUGGCCCAAGGGCAUCACAGGAAGCAGCAGGACUCCACUCUUUGCAGCCUCAGAGUUAUAUAUGUAAAAGAUUUUGCUUUGAGAAGAAAGCCCCAGAGCACCAUGUUCUACAAUGAUGGUGGCCUAGGGAAGUCAUUUCAAAAUGGCAGCUUAGGGAAGUUGUUCCUUAGGAUUUGGUUCAUAAGCAUUGGACCCCUACAGCCAGGAGAGCGAGAAGACUGGCUACUACUGCUCCAACUGGUAGUAGACCUUGGCAUCAUCCACGUGGCACUGGUUUUAGGCACAUGCAGAAUGCAAGAGUUGGGGGUCACAAAGACUUCCACCCAGAUUUCAGAAGAAGUCCUGGGAGGCCAGGCAGGAUGCCCCUGAGAGGGCAAUGUGUGAAGCUGUGUAAUAACAAAGGUCCAGUGGAGACCCCAGAAGUUUGGAGAAGCCAGGAACAUGGAUGGUCUGAGGAAAGCUACAAGGAGGGAGCAGAGCCAGCCCAAGAGAGAAUCCAUAAGAGCUACAACAACCCUCAGUGCCACAGGGGCAGAGCCACCCAACCCAUUUGGAGUUCACAAUUUGCCACAGAUUGUCACAGAUAGUGAAAAUGGAACUGUGGGACUUAAUAUUUGCCCUACUGGAUUUUGGACUUACUGUGGUCCCAUUCCUUUGUAUCCUCCUGUUUGUACCUUUUAGAACAGUAAUGUCUAUCUUGUGCCAUUGAAUUUUGGAAGUGUUUGACUUUCUUUUCAUUUGGACAGGGGCUUGCAGCCAAGAGUUUGCCUUAAAUCUCAGAGGAGACGUUGGACUUGGUCUUUUCAGCAAUGAUGAAACUAUUAGGCCUUUGGCAACUCUUAGAGAUGGACUAAAUGCAUUUUUGUAUAAAGGGAUAUGCAUGAGUCUUUGGGGGGCCAGGGGUGGAAUGUUAUGGUUUGUGUUUAGCCCCUCAAAGCCUCAUGUGGUUGAGGUGGUUCUUUCUUUUUCAGAGGUAGUUGAACCUGGAAUGUGUGAUGUUGGGGUUAAGGGGAUGUGAUUACUAAACCAUUACAUGUGAGUGAUUAGUUUGGCACUACUCUAAUCCUGGUAGUCUGAAUAAGAUAAAAGGGGCAGAAAGAUGCAGUUAAACUUUCUCCCUUGUUGCCGUUGCUACUCUGUGGGUGCUUCCUCUUGUUACCUUUGCUACCUUGUGCAUACCAUGUUGUUUCUCCUCUGGGAUGCCUGUCUGCCAACCACCCUGCUUUGGAGCCAGCCAAUUAUGGACUGAAACCUCUGAACUGUAAGCCAAAUAAACCUCUUCCCUUCUAA